CGAGGAGGAGGUGCAGCGGGUGAGUGAGGAGUACGACCUGUGUGCGGCUGUGGCCUUCGAGGAGGAGGUGCAGCGGGUGAGUGAGGAGUACGACCUGGAGGAGGAGGUGGAGCGGGUGAGUGAGGAGUACGACCUGUGUGUGGCGGGCGAUGGUAUUGCCAUGCUGCAGCGCUGCAACGCUCUCUCCCUUGUCGUGCCACGAACACAGGUGUUCGCACGUGUGUCACCAGAGCAGAAGGAGGUGAUUCUAGCAACGCUCAAGGACGUGGGGCGGGUGACGCUCAUGUGUGGCGACGGCACCAACGACGUGGGUGCGCUGAAGCGGGCCGACGUGGGCGUUGCUCUGCUCAACGCUGUCCCGCCUGCCCCUGCCGCCAAGAAGAGCGCUCGGGAUGCUGCUGCAGGGGCUGCGAAGCACAAGAGGAAGCCAGGGCAACCGCACGCCACAGCAGCCAUAGGAGGAUCUGCAGGGGCCACGGCAGGCGGGUCCCUUGCUUCCGCCGCAGCAGGCAGCAGCACCGCCGCGGCUGCUUCAGCAGCAGCAGGGCCAGGAGGGGGCAACACACGGCUCUCCGCGCGUGAAAUGCACCAGCGGAAGGUGAAGGAGCAGCAGGAGAAGCUGCAGAAGCUGAUGAAAGAGCUAGAAGACGGAGGGGACGGGCGCGCACCGGUGGUAAAGCUCGGAGACGCAUCUAUGGCCUCCCCAUUCACAGCCAAGCACGCCUCUGUGAAACCCACCCGGGACAUCCUCCGCCAGGGCCGUGCGACGCUGGUUACCACGUUACAGAUGUUCAAGAUCCUGGGCUUGAACUGCCUCGCGACCGCGUAUGUCAUGUCUGUGAUGUAUCUCGAUGGGGUGAAGCUCGGCGACACGCAGGCAACAAUCAGCGGCGUGUUCACCGCGGCAUUCUUCCUGUUUCUUUCCCAAGCCAAGCCGCUCGACACGUUGUCGAAGGAGCGCCCGCACCCGAAAGUCUUCUCAGCCUACGUCCUCAUCUCCAUCCUCGGGCAAUUCGCCAUCCACCUCACGUUCCUCAUGACGGCGGUCUCCUGGGCGCAGACCUUCAUGCCGGAGGAAUGCAUUGAACCGGACUCCACCUUCUCGCCUAACCUUGUCAACACGGUGUCGUAUAUGGCGAAUAUGAUGAUCCAGGUCGCGACGUUCGCUGUGAACUACAUCGGGCAUCCGUUCAACCAGAGCAUCCGGGAGAACACACAGUUCUUCUAUGCGCUCUCGGCCGCGGCGGUGUUCUUCACAGUGGUCGCAUCGGACACGAUUAGAGAGCUGAAUGAUUCUUUGGAGUUGGUGAAGCUCCCGCAGCCGCUGGGAGUGUCGAUUCUCGGCAUGGCUGCGGUCAUGUUUGUGGCGUGCUACGCGUGGGAGCGGCUGCUGCGCUGGUGCUUCCCGGUUCGGGCUGUCGUGCUGCGGGGUUCUGGUGCGGCUGGGCGUGUGGGUGGGAAGGCUGUGGGUGCUGGCGGUGCUGGUGGUGUGGGUGGCAGUGAAAAGGGGGCGGGGGCUGUGAGGGAAGGAGCGAGUGGCGGUGUUGGGGAUGGGAUUCUGGGAAAGAAAUACGCUUGA